AUGGCCGACGGUCCGAUACCAGUCGAUUGCCUCCUUCCAUCCGGCAUUCUGGUCUCGAUGCCAUGCAAUGCAAGAUCGUCACUCGACUACAUCAAAUCCCAGCUAUUCGACGAGGCUCGUAACUAUCCACUCUUCAAUCUCCUUCAAGACAAAUCGUGUUACGUCUUCGUUGGAGUCAAUGAGGAUGCGCAACGGGAAGAGCUGGUCGACGAGAUGAGGACGCUCGACGAGGUUCGGCUCUUUCAACCGCUUCUGAAGGUCGUCGAGAAGAAGGGCAAUCAGGAGGAGAAGCGGCUAAAUGCAGAGAUAUCGCAGACGAUAGGCAAGCGGCUGGCGGAUUUUGCUAAUCUGGGGACGGAAGUUUAUGACUUUAGGAAGAGCAUGUUGCAGGUAUGUAGGGCUGCUGUUGAAGAUCGUCAACGUAGUUGGCGUGAGCGUCUCGUACAUGCUUUUCCUGCUAACGUUGAAGAGAGACAACUUCCACCAAACCUUGCUUCUAACUUGCCCUCCAAUGGUAAGUUGCACCUGGAGGUGAACGUUCCUGCGUUUGGCGCUGCAACAGCUCAUGUCACAACAGUGCAGGUUGAAGUUGAUAGUUUGCCAUCUCAGGCGGUUGAGGCUGUGUUUAGUCGUAAGUCGACUCACAUUGAAGGUCAACCUCAGGAUUACUUACUGAGAGUGUGUGGACGGGAGGAAUAUCUUAUAAAAGACUGUCCAUUAAGCUAUUACAAGUACAUUCGUCAGUGCAUUGCCAAAGCUACUAGACCAGAGCUCGUUCUCCACAGAUGCAAAGAAAUGCUUGAUUCUCUGGGUCAAGAUCCUGUACUUGCUGCUUUCCAAGGGAAUGAGGGAGCUCCAGCUCCAGCUCUGCCUGCCAGAGGCAAUUCUCUAUGGCAGUUGCCACCAUCAGAAAAGCUAAAGAUAAAAGUUGUGGGUGCAAAGAAUGUGACUGCUGGAGAACUGUACAAGCUUCAAGUGAAGGCUGGUGUAUAUCACGGUGACGAUUCUCUCUCUUGCAUUGGCAACACGAGAGUGAGUGACCAGAAGACGGUGGCACCAGCCUGGAAUGAAUUCAUGGUCUUUGAGACGGCUCUGCGUGAUCUACCACGUAAUGCUCGACUCUGUUUUGUGAUAUAUGGAGUUAUAGACGCAUCUAGCAAAGGGCAUAGUCGUUCAAUUUUUAAGCGCAAACAAGAUCAUGUCCCAAUUGCAUGGGUCAAUAUGAAUAUCUUUGACUAUCGUGGCCAACUUCAGACUGGUACAACAACUCUGUACUGUUGGCACGUGGACGGUUCUCUGGAUGAGUCUCUCAACUACAUUGGGACGACUGUAAUGAAUCCAAACACAUCUGGCUGUAUUAGCCUAGAGGUAGACAUUGUGCUGGGUGUCACUAUUAGAUCGUCCAUCGUGUAUCCAUCAAUUGAAGACUUGCAUAUGCGAGGCAAGGAGAUGAAUGAUUCUUCUCGUAUGAUUGAAUUGUCUGCCACUGAAUAUGAACAGAUGAGGCACAUCAUAGAAUUAGAUAAAUUGGCUGAACUAGCCGAACAAGAUCGAGGAUUGAUCUGGAAAGCAAGGGCAUACUGUAGAGAUAUGCCUCAUUCUUUGCCAAAGCUGGUCUCGUCAGCUAAGUGGGAUUCUCGUGAUGACAUCGCGGAGAUGUACUUUCUGGUGAAGAACUGGCCACUCAUUGAACCAGAGAAGGCAAUGGAACUGCUAGACUACCAAUAUGCUGAUCAGAUUGUACGGAAGUAUGCAGUGGAAUGUCUGGAGGCCCAUUUGCAAGACAGCGACUUGCAGCAAUACUUAUUGCAACUAGUGCAGGUGUUGAAAUAUGAGUCGUAUUUGGAUUGUCCUCUUGCCACCUUCUUGCUCAAACGAGCUCUGCUCAACAAGAAUAUUGGACACUAUUUCUUUUGGCAUCUAAGGGCUGAGAUGGAUAUGCCUGAAGUUGCUGUUCGAUUUGGGUUAAUGCUUGAGGCAUAUUGUCGAGGCAAUGUGUUACACAUGAGGGCCCUUGGGAUGCAGAUCAAAGCAUUGGGGCGGUAUGAGCAGAUCUGUAAGAUGCUACAGAGCAAGCAAUUGAGAGACAGGAGCAAGAAGCAACACGCUGUAAAGGUUAUGAGAGACAUGUUAGAUGAACCUGGAUCUAAGUCAUUAGUCAGCGAGAUUCUUUCUCCUUUGGAUCCAGCUUUCAGAUUGGGAACCACCAACAUUGAAAAAUGCAAGUUUAUGGACUCUAAAAUGCGGCCACUGUGGCUAGUCUAUAAGAAUCAUGACAGUGAGACAAGGAUGAACAAGGACUUGUAUCUAAUUUUCAAGAAUGGAGAUGAUCUUCGACAAGACAUGCUGACUUUGCAGAUGAUCAGUAUCAUGGACACGAUCUGGCAGCAGUCAGGACUCGACUUCAGGUUGAUUCCCUAUGGGUGUUUAUCAACUGGAGUCCAGGUUGGCUUGAUUGAGGUAGUGCUGGAGUCUCAGACUGUUGCUAACAUACAGAAGACGGUUGGAGGCAGUGCACGUGCUGCAUUCAACAAGAAAUGCCUCUACCAAUUUCUUCAGAACUGGAAUCCUGACAAGACCAGUCUCGACAAGGCUGUGGAGACGUUCACCUACUCUUGUGCUGGCUACUGCGUGGCCACCUAUACUCUAGGAAUAGGUGACAGACACAGUGACAAUAUUAUGUUGAAGAAAAAUGGCCAAUUGUUUCACAUUGAUUUUGGUCACUUCCUGGGCAACUUCAAGAGCAAGUUUGGAGUAAAGAGAGAACGAGUGCCAUUUGUACUCACCCAUGAUUUCAUCUAUGUCAUCUCCAAGGGUGGGAGUGAAAACAGCAAUGAAUUUGCCUUUUUCAAAGACCUUUGCGAAAAAGCCUUCAUAGAGCUACGUCGGCAUGGCAACUUCAUCAUCAGUCUGUUUGCCAUGAUGUUGCAGACGGGAAUUCCGGAGCUGCGUUCCCUUGAUGACAUCAGAUACGUUCAGGAAGCUCUGCAUCUGGGCUAUAGCGAAGAGGAGGCUCUGGAGAAAUUCAGAAAAAAGUUCAAGGAAGCAAUCGACAACAGCUGGAGUGUCAGUUGGAACUGGUGGGUACACAACAUGGCUAAAAACAAUCCCGGCUGAAAGGGGACGGCUGUAACUGUAAAAUCAACAACAUAAAUUGAUUAUUGUCAAGUUUCUUUGAAACGGUUGCCAGUUGUAUUUACUAACAGUGACGGCGUGGUUUUUUCGCAAUGUCUGUUUUUUUCUAUUUUUGUCUGUUUGCUGACGACCAAUCACACAACAAGACGAAACCGCUAAUA